AUGGCUUCGGGACCAGGCGCAAGCGCUGCUCCCACGCCUACCGCAGGGGCGGAGGCUAAAGGCGGGGGAGGCGCCAGCAGCAGCAGUGGCGGUGGCAACAACUGCAGCAGCAGCAGCACUAGCACCAGCAGCGCCCAUAUUAAGGGCCCCGGGGAGCCUUCGGGCAGGCGUCUUCUCUCUCCAAGGUCGCUUAACCUGUCUUUUGCCCAGAGGAAGAGCGUGAAGCAGAAGCAGGGCCAGGAGAAUAUAGCAGAGCAGAAGCAACAGCCACCACCAGAUCAGCAUCGGCGACAGGUGUUGACGCACAAGCCUCAACAAGAACAGCAGCAGCAGCAGCAGCAGCAGCAGCAGCAGCAGCAACGAAAGCAGCAGGCGGCGGCGACACAGAAGGAGCCGCACAGUAAGCAAACCACCAUGGCGUCCGCCAGGCCCCAGAGCACAAUGAUAGUCGACGGCGACUACCGCAUGCUGCGGGACAUCGACCGGCCGCCGCCCGGCGACCCAAGCACGCGGGUCCAGGCGACGCAGGGCAAGGCCGACAUGGCCAAGCGGAGAAGCACCUAUUUCGAGGACCAGUUCGCGUCGACAAAGAAGGAGAAGAACGCCGUCGCAUCGUCGCUGACGGAGCGCGUCCGGAGCGAGGCCCUCGUGAUGGUCGAGGUCAAAACAAACGUGAUGCUCGACGACGAGUUCACCUUCAUCACGCAGCUCUCGUACAACCUCUCGCUGCGCUUCCAGCGGCCCAUGUCUUCCGUCGUGGUUUCGAUCCAGCACGGGGCGUGCAUGAUGUUCGCCGGCACCUUCGACUCGGCCUACACCAUGACGAUCCUGGCGCUCCCGUCGCAGGUGCAGCCCACGACCAACAAGCGCAACGCGGCCCUGAUCCAGAGCUACAUGGAGGAGGUGCUCGGGGUCCCGCCGGCGCGCGGCCUGCUCCACUUCGUGCCCAUACCCGAGGAGAACGUGGCUGUCAACGGCAAGACCAUCGCGAGCGAGAUCACGGAGCUGGCCAAGGAGGCCGGCGUCGAGCUCGCCGACGACGAGGACUCGGCGGCGAACAAGAGGAGGUCCAGGAUGCUGCGGAAUAGGCUGAGCGUCAGGGAAACCGCUUCUACCCACAGCGAGAUAUCACUCUGCCCGGUCAAGAUGUCGAAGAAGGCGACGAAAACUCAAAAAGUAAAUCGCACCGGAGGCAAGAAGAACCUUGCGGCUUCGAGCCUGAUCAGAACUGGUGGGUCCGAGUGGAUGUCUGUGCACGUGCCGCUCCCAAAGUGCUCCAAAUGCCUCUAG